AAAAUGAAGCUGAAUUCGAUUGUGCCGAACUUUAGUGCCGAAACCACCCAGGGUUCCAUCGACUUUUAUAAAUGGCAAAAGGACACGUGGGUGGUGCUGUUUUCACACCCUGCGGACUUUACACCGGUCUGCACGACGGAGUUAGGUCGAUUAGCCGUUCACAUUCCGCACUUUGAGAAGCGCAAUACCAAACUUCUUGCCCUUUCCGUCGACCAACUCACUGAUCACGUCAAUUGGGUUAACGACAUUAAAUCAUAUUGCCCGGACAUCCUGGGCGACUUUCCAUACCCAAUUGUCGCUGAUCCUGAUCGUACUCUAGCCGUGCAAUUGGGAAUGAUCGACGAGGAUAGCAGGAACAAACCAGAGGAAGCUAACACCGUUCGCGCUCUUUAUAUCAUUAGUCCUGAUCACAGACUCAGACUGUCGAUGCACUAUCCUACGUCCACGGGGCGUAAUGUGGAUGAAAUUCUACGGGUCAUCGAUUCGUUACAGCUUGUUGACCAAAAACCGCAAAUAGUCACACCUGCGAAUUGGAUGCCCGGAGACAAAGUGAUGAUAGUUCCAUCUGUAAAGGAAGAAGACAUACCCAAUCUUUUUCCUAAAGGUGUCGAACGAGUUUCUAUGCCAUCCGGAAGAAAUUAUGUGCGCACAACCACUGAUUAUUAAUUGGCAAUUGAUGUAUGCUUAAAUUUUAAACUUAAUGCACUUUAAAUUUUCAAAAGCCAUAAUAUUUCAG